ACGAAACUCAGCUCGAUUCGGAAAACGACCAAGUCUCUUUGGGAAUCUUCUCUCAUCUAGGAUCUGGUACACUAGUUCUUAUUGUGGUAUAAUCACACACGAGUCUCAUCUCACCUUGUACACUUCUAUAACGACCUCAACGAAACCACCAAAACCACCAUAAAACACAAUGUCGGCCGCCAUCGCUUCCCGUGGUCAGGUUCCCCUCUCCGCCAUCCUCCGGCAAGCCUUCAAGGGCCUGCGCCAGUCGGCCCGCAUCGUUGAGGGCCCGACCGAGGCCUACCCCGUGAGUGUAGCCCCGCAGCGUGCGGACUGGGGCCGCAUCGUCAAGUCUAGGGCCGGCGUCGCCUCUGUAUACUUCCCGCUCAUGGGCACCUUCCUGACGUGGCCCUUCGUGGCCAAAUAUGCCCUCGACGGGCGCAUGUAAACCAAUAUCGUCGCCAUCAUUCCCUUUGUCGGCACACGCACACAAAAACGACAUCUAAAACAGAUCUACACACGCCACUCGGCGGAACGAAGUGCUGCAUAUGAACAUAUAUAUAUAUAUACCCUCUACUGUACAUACACAUCAACUACCCCCCCCUCCCCUUUCGGACUCUAUCGCCAGCAGUGAGCAACAAAUCGGCGGAGUGCUUUUUUCAGGAACAUCGGUUAUCUGGAGGCCCCAUCGAUGGCGUUCCGGUUUAGUAUAUUAAUUAUUAUUGUGGAGACGAGGUGGAAACGCGCAAGGGAGGGCGAAAAGGGGGAAAUCCAAGGACCGGGA